AAAGUAAAAACCGCACAGGCUCUCUUCCUCUCUCCCCUCUCUCCUCCUCUGUUCAGUACCCGGCAACGAAACCUCAAUUCAAAACCUCCAAACGCCGCCGUAUCACAGCCCCACCCGACCGAUCUAUGGAGGAGCUCCGUGACGGGACUCCACAGGAGCUUCCACGCCCGUCGUCGGCGGCGACGCCGACGCUCCCCCGCGAGGACUGCUGGACCGACGACGCCACCCGCACGCUCAUCGAGGCAUGGGGCGAGCGCUACGUCAGCGUCAACCGCGGCAACCUCCGCCAGCAGCACUGGCAGGAGGUAGCCGACGCCGUCAACUCCCGGCACGGCGGCGACCACCCCGGCUCACGCCGCACGGACGUCCAGUGCAAGUACCGCAUCGACACGCUCAAGAAGCGGUACAAGGCCGAGAAGGCCAAGGUCCUAGGCUCCAGCAAUGGCUCUUACCUCAGUCCCUGGCCCUUUUUCCCCGUCCUCGACGCACUGAUUGGCCCCCAAUUUCCCGCCAAAAACCAAAACCCGUCCCCACCUCCGGCCGCCGGCGUACCUCGGACUCCGUUCACCCUCCCGGCCGUGCCGGUGCGUCCCCGGAGCUUCAAGAGGUUGGUGCGGGAGCAUGCUCCUAAGGCGCCAUCCCUGGCCACCGGUGACGUGUUCCUCCAGCGGAAAUACGCCCCGCCAGAGAGGGAAGACUCCGAGGGCUCGGGAUCGAGGUCAAGCAGCGGGAGGAGAGAGAGGACAGGAGGCAGCGGAGAGCUGGUGAGGGCUAUAAGGAGGCUGGGGGAGGUGUACGAGAGGGUGGAGACGAGGAAGCAGAGGGAGUUAGUGGAGCUGGAGAAGCAGAGGAUGGAGUUCGCCAAGGAACUGGAGCAGCAUAGGAUGAGGUGGUUCGUCGAGAUGCAGGUCCAUUUUCAGAAGAUGGAGAAGACGAAGAAGAAAUCUCAGCCUUCUCCUUUGGCUGGUCAAUGAUAGUUGCUCGUAAAAAGGCGGUGCUGCUCGAGGUAGAAGAUGUGCAUGCUCUUAGAACUCAGAGUAUCAGUACAUAGUUAGUUUACCAUCUACCUGCAAAGAUUUCACUACAGCUUUACUCGGGAGAGGAUGCCCGAUCGAAUUUUCUUGGGACUAGCUCUUUGACGUAAUUUACUACAUGUUCUUUUCUUGAUUGUGCUUUUGGAAGUUCGUAAAUAUGUUUUCCGUUUGCCUGGGAUUGAUACUCGAGAAAUCGUUACUUAUGUAUUAUAAGAUUUGUCGUAGGCUGUGUAUUCCUCUCUUUUGCCAA